GUGCGGCCUGGCGAGGCGCAGAGAGAGCAGGGACUCUCGCAGUGCUCGCUGUUAACGCACAUCAUGUCCGAUAGGAAGCGGAAGGCCUCCAGCUCGGAGGAGCCAGGUGAGAGCACAGCAUCCCUGUGCACAGCUCCCGAUGCUGGGCAGAGGGGCGCUGGGCCUCUGCCUGCGGCUGAGAGAUGAGCGGGGAGGAAGGGGCAGGCAGGAGCUCCCAGGCAGGCAUGGGGCUGGGCCCCUCUGCUCCUCGGCAAGGGGGCCCAGCUUGGGCUGUGGCUGCCUGGGGCCUGCCGUGGCCCCUUCCCCUCCACCGCCUCCAGCCAGCACGGCAGACACAGAGCAGGACCCUGGGGACAGCCCUCAGGGACGUCUGGUCCCGCCAGCUGCUCACCGCUGCUUGCAUUUGCUCUCUCCUCUGCAGUGUGUGCGCUGUGUGGCCAGGCAGAUGUCGACCCGGACAUCUGCGGGCACACACUUUUCGAGACUGGGAUUCGUGUCCAUGAGUUCUGCUUGGUGAGUUCCCCCAUGGGCACCUUCCACAUUCCUGCCGGGGAUGCUCCCUGUCCUUCCGUCCUAAUCAGCUCUUUCUCUCCUACAGACGUCUGCCAACAUCACGGCUAAAGCAAGACCAGGAAUUGAGGUCCUCCCGCUUGCUGCCAUUGCACGCAAGGUCAGGCAGGCAAACAAGAAGGUGAGGACCUGUACAGAGCAGGCAGGUUUGGGCCAGCAGGGGCUCACUCCAGCUUACUCUCGACCCAAUGUCCAACUGCCUCCAGGACAAAGUCCUGCCCAUACGACAUCAGCCCUGCCCGCCAGGCAGCUUUGCAGAGGGGCACCCUGCAGUGCCCACAUCCUCUGCCCUGCCCAGAGGUGUGGGGCCAGCCGUGGAGGCCCUCAGCCUGUCGCUCAUGGGGCUCUUCUGCUCUUUCCAGCAAUGCUGUGUUUGCGGCGAGAGGGGGGCUGCCAUCACAUGCGCAGAGAGAGGCUGUGCACGCAGCUUCCAUCUGCCCUGUGCCAAGGACGGCGAAUGCAUCACCCAGUACUUUGGAGACUACAGGUCCUUCUGCUGGGAGCACCGCCCUCAACAGGCCACUCAGGAAGCUCCAGCACAAGGCACCAUCUGCCUCGUCUGCUUGGAGCCUGUGGGGGACAGCUUGUCCUACCACACCAUGGUGUGCCCAGCCUGCAAACACGUCUGGUUCCACCGGGACUGCAUCCAGGUAGGAGCCCACCCCGCACCCUGCAGGCACGCUCGGUGCUCAGCAGCACCAGGCGCUGCUCACGCUCACCCUGCUUGUGCUUCUCCUGCAGCAACAGGCCUUGAGUGCUGGCACUGCGUACUUCGAGUGCCCCGGCUGCCGAGACUACAUUCUCUUCUGUGAAGAGAUGUCCAACAUGGGGAUCCACAUCCCAUUAAGGUUGGUGUCCUGCCCAGUUCUGCUGACGUUAAGGCUGCAGUGCUGGGCCUGCCCAGGGACUGGCUCAGCAGCCAUGGCCCUUGGCUGUCGCAUGACCAUGUGCCCCAGCUUCGUGGAGAAGCUGGAAGCGGACAUGGGGUGGAUGAGAUGGGAUAACCUUGGGUCUUAUGCUGGGCACACUGGGGGCUCAUCGCUUCCCUUCCCUUCUCUUG